AUGCUUCGCGGCCAGGAGAAUGGCGGCUCCCUACCGGGGUUCUCUGCGGGUGCUGCCUUCUCCCCACUGGUCGGUCCUGCCAUCUGUCCUGCCGGUUUCAACAGAGGCAUCGAUUUCGUGGACGGCAAUUGGCUUACUCUAAAUCCCUUUCUGGCACGCUCCUUCGCACAGAACCUGUCCGCUGUCCAAGCCCAAUGUGAGUUCUAUGCACGCAUCCCCUCUCUCUUUAAGCCAACAGUAUCGCAGAGAAUUGAUUGA